AUGUCCAAUCCGAACAUGAUCACGGUCACCCUCCCUCAGCUGGCGAAAAUGAUCGAUCACUCCCUUCUCCACCCAACUAUGACCGAUGAAGACAUCCGCGCCGGUCUCAAGAUUGCCAAAGACUACAACGUCGCUACGGCAUGUGUGAAACCUUACCUGGUCCCACUGGCCAAACAGGAGCUCGAUGGCACAGACGUUAAGGUAUGCCCGGUGAUCGGGUUCCCUCAUGGAAACAGUACCACAGAAAUCAAAGUGUUAGAAGCUACUGCAGCGGCCCAGGCUGGUGGGCAAGAAAUCGACAUGGUAGUGAACAUUGGCAAGGUCCUUGGCGAGGACUGGGAAUACGUGACUCGAGAAAUUGAUCAGAUCAACACGGCAGUUGUGAAGCAUGGGGCCAUUCUGAAAGUUAUCUUUGAAAAUGAUUACCUGCAGCCUCAACACAUUGUACGGCUGUGUGCCAUAUGUACCAAUCUGAAGGUUGCAUUUGUCAAGACUUCGUCUGGGUAUGGGUUUGUCAAGCAGGCUGAUGGAUCCUACAACUAUAAGGGUGCGACUAUCCCCCAUCUCAAGCUGAUGCGACAACAUUCUGGUCCGGAGGUUCAGAUCAAAGCUGCCGGUGGUGUGAGGACCCUGGAUGAUUUGCUCCAUGUGAUGAGUCUUGGUGUGACAAGGAUUGGAGCUACUGCUACUAUUGCUAUUCUUGAAGAUGCGAAAAGACGGGGGGUUGGCAUGGAUCCUGUUCAAGUUGAGUUCAAGUCGAUGAAGGAGGAAGGGCAGCCUGGCGGUUACUAG